AUGAUAGCUACAAAAGAAACUGCAAUCGAAUUUUGUACCAAAAGAAUUUCUCUCGCUAAUAUUAGACCAGAAAUUCUUGAUGAGAUCCAUAAAUUUCCCUUUACUCUUCAAAAACUUAUUGCAAAAGAAGUACAUGUCAUUGCAAAAAGACUAGAAGAAGGAAAGGGCUUACCAAAUCUUGCAAAAAAACUUUCAAAAAUAUUCGAGGAGAAGAGCAUAGAAGUAUAUCAAACUCAUGGUAUUGUAGAAAUACCUGUCAUUCAGGUGUUUGCAGCAAAUAAAAUAGCUGAAAAAAAUCAUUCAAAAAUAAAUGAAUUAUUUGAAAGAACCAGAGACUAUUACUACAAAUUGGCAGAGAAAAGAGUGUACGAA